GCGCCAGGUGCAGCUUAUCACCAGUAUUUUAUUUACAAGUAAUUUCUAUUUGCUAACAGUUAGAAUUUUUAAAUUAACUAAAUAUCAUUACAUUACCAAGUUUCAUAGUAAUAAACUGAUAACCGGUAGCUUUUAAGUUUUAAAUUUAAGACUCAAUUUCUGAAUUUCUUGGUUAUUGUCUUUGUGAAAAAAUAAAGUAAUACAGUCGAUACAGGGACAUUAACAAUGGCUGGCGAAGUUAUUGUCGAUGCUCUUCCGUAUAUUGAUCAAGGGUACGAUGAGCCUGGCAUCCGUGAAGCGGCAAUCAGUAUGGUCGAAGAUGAAAAACGUCGUUAUAGGCCGUCAAAAAAUUAUCUUGAACAUUUACCGUCACUCAAUGUAUCAGCGUUUGAAACAGAAAUGAUGCGCACAGAAUUUGAUAGACUUCAGCAGCGUUUGCCUAUGGAAACAAUGAGUAUGAAACGUUAUGAGCUACCUCCACCGCCAGCGGGAAAACUUACGGAUAUGUCUGCUUGGAAUGAAUGUUUAGAAAACUCAAUGGCCCAACUUGAACAUCAAGCUACAAGAAUUACAAACUUAGAACUGAUGAUGGAUUAUGGCACAGAAGCCUGGAAAUCUUAUUUGGAAGUUCUAGUAAAAUGUGUCGCUGCUGCGCAAACACAAGUGACUAAAUUAAAAAAACAAAUUCAAGAAGUAAAUUUCCAACGAAAAAAUGUGCAGAUGCAAGUAGGAGAAAAAUUACGAGAUUUAGAAGCCAAUUGGGUAGGAUUAGUGAGCAAAAAUUAUGAAAUAGAAUUAGCAUGUGCUCAUUUGGAAAAACAAAUAAGAGCAUAUGAAUUAGCCAAAGCAGAAAAAAUGGAUACUGAUUAAAAAUUUCAUCUUAACUUUAAUCCUAUUAAUGUAUAAAGUAUUUUAAAACAUUUAUGGUAUAAAAAUAAGU